AUGCACAAGAUCUCCAACUUUACGGGUCAAGCCCGGCAUGGUUGGGAACGAAUGACGCCGACUUUCGGGAUGUCCAGACCUCACACCGACAUGGCCUUUCGCCGACCACACGGGGCACCGCCCAUGACGCCGCCGACGAGCAUCGAUCCCACCGUCAAUCUGUCCUUCAACGUCCCUUUCUCAUCAACCUUGGCCGGUCCCGAUGUAGAGGACGUGCUCCACGCCAGUCCCGGCGCUCUCCAGCGCUGGACCUUCCCCGAAGGCACCCCAGAAGGCACAUCCGUGCACCAGCUCCCUGUCCAUACGAACAACGUCGAAGGUCUGCAGAGGCUAUGCCGGAAGAUCACGGAGGAGAAAGGAGGCCGAGUGGAAGCAACGCUUACGACCUCCGAGGCCAAGGCUGUGCCUUCGCUACAACGCCGACCAAACGGCUUGGUGACCAACGUGUGUGUCACCGGAGAUGGGGAGAUGGCGCGCAAGAUGCGUGCCAGAAUCUUGAACGAGACCCCAAUCAUGCUGCGAUGUGCGACUGUCGACGUGGAUAUGCAUCUUAUUGUGGAUGGAUCACCCAAGGGUAUCCGAGCUAGUGUCCUCGAGCACAUGGACACCUUGGCUGCCUACACCGGGGCCGACAUUUUCCUGCUCACACCCAAGCUCCACGAUGCGGACAGUGCUGUGGUUUCUUCCUAUGGAUAUGCGUCGGAUAACGGACUGGACCAGCGCUUCCGAGUCGCUAUAUACGGUGAUUUGGAGAGCUCGGAACAUGCCAAAACCCGGGUGCUGAUCAUGAUCGAUCAAAUUCUCAAACGCCAUGUGGACGCCAUUAAACUGGACUCGACCAUGCACACUUUGGUUUGCGGUCGUACUCGCAAGAACAUUAAGCUUAUUGAAGCUGCUACCGGCACCGCUAUUUACUUCCCUCCCCCCUUCCCCCAGAUCUUCGGUUAUAUACCUCCCGGUGCGAAUCGUCGAAGCGAGGACGAGGUCUAUAUUACUGGCGAGACGCCAGAGCAAAUUGCUCGUGCCAAGCAGAAGCUGCGGGAGCUGGUGAUGGGAGUGAAGAUUUUUGUCAAGGAUGUGGUUGUCAGCUCAAGCAAGAUCGACAACAUCCUGCUCGACCGUCUGGACAAGGUCCGCAAAGUCAUGGAGAUGAACGGGUCUUACGUUUUGUUCCCUCAGCUGGGCAGCCAGCGUGGACUUGUUCGGAUCCAAGGUACCGAGGUGUUGCACGUCGAGCGGACCGUCAGAGAGAUUAUGGCCUUGGCCGGUCAAUUCUACUCUGCUUCAUGGUGGAUCAUCAUGCCGGAUCCCGCGCAAGGUGGUCUCCGUGCUCCAUCGACCGCCGACAUCCGCUCCAUGCUAUCGGAUAUCUGUACGAACUCCGAAGCGGAGGUCAGCUUUGACAACCUGACCUUUACGAUCAACGGCUCUGAUGAUGCAGUCAAGGCUGCCAUGACGGUCAUCAACCAGAUUCCCUUCGUGAUGCGCAGCCAAUACCAGAUGCGUGUGAAGAUUGAGCUGGCCAACGAGCACAAGGAGUUUGUCAGCGGCAAGAAGAACGGCAAGAUUAACAAGAUCAUGGGACAGAGCAACGUCCAGAUCAUCUUUGACGGUUUCAACGAGUACAACUUCUACAUUGACGUGUGCGGCAACCAGUACGAGUCGACUAAGAACGGCUUGGAUCUGGUGGAGCAGGAGAUGCCUGCUUCCAUUUCCUUCCAUGUGCCGGACCAGUACCACAAGCGGAUCAUCGGAAUUGGUGGACAGCAUAUCCAGCGCAUCAUGAAGAAGUACUCUGUCUUCGUGAAGUUCUCCAACGCCAUGGACCGUGGUGGUAUGGGCAAGGAAGAUGAUGACAUCAAGGUUGACAACGUUAUCUGCCGGACCCCUGCUCGCAACGCUCAGAGCCUGGACCUUGUCAAGCAGGAGAUCAUGGAUAUGGUCGAGAAGGUUGAUGCCGAAUACGUCUCCGAGAGAGUCGUUAUCAACCGUCUGUACCACCGUGAGCUGUUGGCCCGCAUGACUGAGAUCGACGAGCUGGAGAAGAAAUGGAACUGCAAGAUCGAAUUCCCGAGCACCGAGCUUGCCAGCGACGUGGUGACCAUCUCCGGCCCCGAGUAUCAGGUCCCUCAAGCGGUCGAUGCUCUGCUUGGAAUGGUACCAGAGAGCCACGAACUUCACUUCCAGAGCUCGGUGGAACUUCGUGACUACUUCAAGUCCGUAGACUUCAUUGCCGAUGUUCGGACCAAGCUCAAGGAACAAUACGAGGUUGAUAUCAACGUUGAUGUUGGUGCUGAUCUGCCUACCACUCCUGAGGAAGAAGGCUCCUCUUCGCCCACCCCCGGACCCGAGGACCGCGUCGUCCUCGGCUACACGCGUAACAACGCUGGUGGCCUGAAGGAUGCCAUCGACUUCUUGAUCUCCCGUCUGGUUGGUCACGGACUCGAUGCCAACACCGUCAAGGGUGCGAUCCCUCGGCCCAAAUCCGACUCGUUCGAAGAGUCUCUGCCCUUCUUCGACUCGAAGCUCUUGCAACACGCCCCGGCGCCCCUCUCGACCGACUCGCCAACCCGCCCCAACUUCUCCGAUGAGACUAGCGAGCGAGGCUCAAUCUUCGAGCGCCUCCGCAAACCCGGAAGUAUCUCGUCCUUCUCCUCGUUCAUCGGCCGCAAGAACCACUCCGCCUCCCCGGGAUCGUUCUUCAAACACGCCUCGAGCAAUGCCUCCAAGGCCUCGCUCGUCUCCAUGGAGUCUCGCGACAGCGGCUACCGCAACCCAUGGAAUGACUCCGGCGUGAACCUCGCCGAGGACGACUUGCCCGUCCUCGGCAGCUCGCACAGCCAUAAGUCCAGCAACAGCAAUGGCUGGCCCACCCGCUUCGACGCCAAGUUCCCCUUCGGCACCGCGCCUGGUGACAUGACCCCCAAGCAUGACCUGCGCACCUCAUUCGACUCUGGUCGUCCUAGCACAUCGAAUUCUACUUCUGGAUACCCGGCCCCAAUUGGGCCACCGCGUUAA